UAGUUUACCAAUAGCUGUGUGAAAGCUAUGGACUACAGCUACGUAAAUAUAAGAAAUAUAAUUAGGCCAUAUUACGUUUUAACUUAAUUUCAUUGCGUGUCUGUAAAUGUUCACAGCGGAUUUAAGGUACGACAGUCGUCCCUGUAGCAUUGUGUGACACGGAACUCAUUUUGAUUCAGUGUUUCCAUAUCGGGAUGUUUCCAAGUUGCUCCAGAGAACAGACAAGCGUGCCCGUGCGACUUUGAAAGGGCAGCAAUGUUCAGAAGAUUGGUGUUAGUGGUUUCGCAGGGUCGAAAUACAAUUUUGUUUGCCGAAGAAGGCGGCUUAUUUUGUCCGACCACUCUUCCCAUUCACAGAGCUGCAGUCCCAGGGGGACAGAAGUCCCUGGGCACCAGUGUAGCUGUCCGCAGUGAAAUCAAAGAUGGCCCUGAGCUUCCCAAACAAGAGCAGAAGGAAGAUGGUGGAGAGAAAGAAAAAUCAGGGAAGGAGAAUCUUUUGGAGCUCCUUGGGUCAAUGAAGGUCAAGGUCACCAGCAAGAAGAAGGUCUGGGACUCGAAGGUGAAACGCAAGGAGCCAAUGCCACGGCCAGCCCCGACAGAGAUGGAGAGCACCACAAGCAUGUUCCAGAAGGCCAUGGCUGAUUUACCACCACAAAGCGAGGAGAGCCUGAGCCCAGACCUGGUGGCAGCAGCUUCAGCUGCGGCUUCCUCCUUGCCUAAUCCUCAGAAGGCCAAGUCGGAGCUCUUGAAGCAGUUGAGGAGGCACGAGGCCCUCCCUGAAGCCCAGAGAAAAGGGGAUGGGAACAGCAUUGGAAGCAUCAUAGCGGACAUGAAGGUGGGGAAACGGACUAACUUCAGACAGAAUGACAGGCCAGCCAAUCAGAUUCGCUUUGAUGAUGAUGGGCGAGGAUAUACCUACGACAGGAGUUUGACUAGUGAGUCUGAGGGUGCUGGCAGGAGGAAGGGCCUGUUUGGGGAGAAAAGACUCAACAUUUUCUCUCCAGUCAGUGAGAAGACUGAGCCUGAGUCUGCUGUGACUGUCCCCACACUCUCCCUUUGGGACCUGGAAUUAGCCAAUCAGAUCGCUUCGGCAACAAAUACCCUGCCCCGCAAUGGCUUUGAGGAGAUGAUCCAGUGGACCAAGGAUGGCAAGUUGUGGGAAUAUCCAAUCGACAACGAGGCCGGUCUAGAGGAGGAGGCCAGCGUGCCGUUCCACGAGCACAUCUUUCUGGAGAAGCACCUGGAGGAGGGGUUCCCCUCCCAGGGCCCCGUACGUCAUUUCAUGGAGCUGGUGGUGGUGGGCCUGUCGAAGAACCCCCACCUGACCGCGAGGGAGAAGGUGGAGCACAUCGCCUGGUUCCGCCAGUACUUCGAACAGAAGGAGGACGUCCUCAGAGAGGCCGAAGCCUAUCUCAACUGACCGGACAGGAGGCGGGUGUAGUCCUCUUCUGGUUUUCAUCACUGAAAGCGCCUUUUAAAUCGGAGCAGAACUACAUUUCCCAGUUCGCCACAGAACCAAAGUCCAGAGACGGGUAUCACCAAUCCUAGUUAAGUCUCCUUUUCCAACAGAGAGACAGACGCCUCAAAUGCAGUGAGUCAGUUGAGAAAUGGACCAGUGUGGUCUGUAAAGAUAAUGCAUACAUUUAAAUGUAAAUAUGGGUUUUCAGCGUCUGCAGUUGGCAUAAAUGUGAGCGGAACCACAGCAUUCACAAGGGGUUUAAUGGAAGAGCUACAGUUAAGCAGUGAAGCAGGCUUGCACUGUUCUGUGGAUGUGGUGGAUGUUAAGUGUUUAUAUUGUACAGUGAAUGAGUCUCAGAGCCUUAACUUGAUGUAUUUGUGAAUACCCACAACUUCUUUAAUUGUCCUUAAUUGCAUUACCUUGGCAUUGGGAUUAGGGUACGACUCAUUUGAAGAGCUGCUGUCUUGACCAAACAGAUUUUCAGUUCGAUGCACAGCAUCACGUGUACGUUACACAUCCAAGUGUCAUGUUACUGUGGUUGAUUAUGGUCGGAAAGAACAGUUAUUUUCGAUUAAGUGCAUCGUUAAAAGUGUUUCUUUUUGACUUCACAUUGUUUGCUUGGAAACAGGCAGUCAGUUUGCAAAAAAUAUUGUCAGCGAAAAAUAUUUGGCUCGCUUCUUACUGUUAAUUAUUUGGCUUUCAUUCCAUCACCUUUGUAUUGGGGGGGAGGGGGGUUUCCUCACAAAAAAGGUAGAAAAGGGAGAGGGACAAAACAAAUAUAUCUUUCUGUUCAAAGGGUAGCUGCCUAGAUUAUUGUAAAGAGCGCAUAAGAAUGUGUUGCUGUACGGUAUAUUUGCAGACAGGAUAAUGGUUUUCCUGUACUAAUACCAAAAGGGGCCGUUCUGUCCAGGCCCUGUGUAAUUCACAGGAGCUGUUGCAAAAUGGGUUCAGGACAAGUUAAGUGUGUUCAAAUGUGUUCGGAUUUACCGUAAUGCGGCUUUUAACAGGAAAAAUCUGUAUUUUGUGAAAAAGAAAAUGCAUUUAACCAAGAGGCUGGAUUCAAAAUUAGAAAAAAAAAUAGGUUUGUGAUUCCAGACCUAAUAAAUGAAAUUCUGUUGGUUGCCAAAUUAAA